UCUUAGCAACUUUUACAUCAUCAGAAAAAAACGCACUUAAAAAACUUUAAUAGAGCUAUUAAAAUACUAAUGGCAUACCAAUAAAAUGUGGUUUAAAUAUUUAUAUUAUCCGUUAGUGUUAGUGCUAUGUCUCGUAAAGCAAUCUGUCGCAGACAGGCAGCAAUUUUCAGUGGGCAGCAUUUUUACAUCGGACAAGGAUGAGGCGGAAAUAGCAUUUCGCACGGCAAUUGACCGUGCCAAUAUUUUGGAAAGAAAUAUCGAACUCGUUCCAGUCGUGGUUUAUGCCAACACCGAAGAUAGUUUCAUAAUGGAGAAAACAGUUUGCAAUCUGAUUUCACAAGGAGUUAUUGCUAUCUUUGGACCCAGCACUGGCAGCAGUUCAGACAUUGUAGCUUCUAUAUGUCACACCUUGGAUAUACCACAUAUUGUCUACGACUGGCAGCCAGACAAUCGACAAUAUGAACACUCUUCUAUGACACUUAAUGUACAUCCCGAUAAUUUACUUUUGGCACAGGGUUUUGCAGAAAUUGUUCAAAGUUUUGGUUGGCGCAGUUUUACAAUUAUUUAUGAAGGCGAAAAGGAGCUACAACAGCUGCAAGAUGUACUUCAGAUUGGGGAUCCCACUAGUAAUCCCACAACGGUCAGACAGCUGGGUGCUGAUGAUGAUCACAGACCCUUCUUAAAGGAGAUUAAACUAUCAACCGAUAACUGUCUCAUCUUGCACUGUUCGCCUGACAAUGUAAUGAACGUAUUGCAACAAGCCAACGAACUAAAAAUGCUGGGAGAGUAUCAAAGUGUGUUUAUACCCUUGCUUGAUACACAUACCUUGGAGCUAGGCGAGUUUCUAGGUGGAGAUGCCAACAUUACAACAGUUCGUCUGAUGGAUCCCACGGAUUUUCACAUCAAGAAUGUGGUGCAUGAUUGGGAGGAGCGUGAGAAGCGAGAGGGACGUUAUUAUAAAGUGCUGCCCACACAGGUUAAAACUCAGAUGAUAUUACUAAACGAUGCCGUCUGGCUAUUCUCUAAGGGACUUACCGAACUGGGAAUUAUCGAAGAGCUACAGGCGCCAGAAAUUGAAUGCAAACGAAAGAAACCCUGGCCACAGGGCAAACGAAUCAUAGAGUUCAUGAAAGCCCGUUCCGAGGAAGUUUCCACGGGUCGAGUAGACUUUAACGAAAAUGGCCAAAGGAGUUUCUUUAGUUUACGCUUUAUGCAAAUCGAAGCUACCGGAUUUUUAGAUCGAGCCAUUUGGGAUCCAGUGAACGGCUUAGAUGUGCUCAACGAUGACGAGGAAACUGAAAAACGAGUGAGCCAAAAGUUGUCGAAUAAGACCUUCAUCAUCUCCUCCCGCAUUGGCGCUCCGUUUUUGACCCUCAAGGAAGCUGAGGAGGGCGCAGUACUGCAGGGCAAUGACCGCUACGAGGGUUACUCCAUGGAUCUCAUUGACAACAUAGCGCGUAUGUUGAAUUUCAAAUAUGAAUUCCGCAUGUCCCCCGAUGGAAAAUAUGGCAGCCUCAACAAGGUAACUCAAACCUGGGAUGGCAUUGUCAGGCAACUAAUUGAUGGGAAUGCUGACUUAGGUAUUUGUGACUUAACCAUGACCUCAUCCAGACGUCAAGCCGUCGACUUUACGCCACCCUUUAUGAAUCUGGGCAUAAGUAUCCUGUUCUCAAAGCCGCCAAUACCACCGACAGAUUUGUUCUCAUUCUUGUCGCCCUUCUCGCUGGAUGUUUGGAUCUAUAUGGGUUCGGCAUAUCUAUUCAUAUCUUUAUUACUCUUUGCCUUGGCUCGCAUGGCGCCCGACGACUGGGAGAAUCCGCAUCCUUGCAAGGAGCCCGAGGAGGUGGAGAACAUCUGGUUUUUGCAUAACACAAUGUGGCUUUCCAUUGGCUCGCUUAUGGCAGGGUGUGACAUAUUGCCAAAAGCUGCUUCGACACGUUUGGUGACUGGCAUGUGGUGGUUCUUUGCACUCAUGAUGUUAAACUCCUAUACCGCCAAUUUGGCUGCUUUUUUGACCAAUUCGCGGCAGGCGAGUGCCAUAAAAAAUGCAGAGGACUUAGCGGCACAGACCAAGAUUAAAUAUGGAGCUCUACUUGGCGGUUCGACGUUGGGCUUUUUUAGGGAUUCCAAUUUUAGCACUUAUCAAAAAAUGUGGACAGCAAUGGAGAGUGCAUCGCCUUCAGUCUUUACCAAAACUAACGACGAGGGCGUAGAGCGUGUUCAGAAAGGCAAAAAUCUGUAUGCUUUCCUAAUGGAGUCCACCACAUUGGAGUACAAUGUGGAGCGUAAGUGCGAUCUAAUGCAAAUUGGCGGAUGGCUGGAUUACAAAAGUUACGGCAUAGCCAUGCCCUUUAAUUCACCAUAUCGCAAGCAGAUUAGUGGCGCUGUUUUGAAGCUGGGCGAAUUGGGAGUUCUCGCGGAGCUGAAGCGCAAAUGGUGGAAGGAAAUGCAUGGCGGCGGGGGCUGUGGGGGUGAUGAUGAAGGAGAUGCCGACACUCCUGAACUGGGACUGGAGAAUGUGGGUGGCGUCUUUCUUGUCUUGGGCUUGGGACUGAUGGCUGCGAUGGUUUUGGGCUGCACCGAGUUCCUGUGGAAUGUCAAAACUGUUGCUAUUGAAGAGAAGAUUUCCCUCAAGGACGCAUUCAAGGCAGAGAUAAUGUUUGCUUUAUGUAUUUGGAUCACCACAAAACCCGUGCGUACUAGCGUUGGGUCGAGCAGUUCUUCCUCUUCAUCAUCAGGCUCAUCCAAAUCAUCAAAAUCGAAGGGCUCCAAGUCCUUGGGCAUAUCCAGCAAGAGCCUGAAGAGCUCCGGCGACGUGGAGUCCUCAGUGCACAGCAAACUAAAAAAGAUUGGGUCGAUGUUCUCUCUCAAAUCACGUAGAAGUGCAACGCCUCCAAUUGAAAUUGGCUGGAAAAGAGAUAAAUCCACCCAAAUGAGCAUCGAACCUGAGGCGGAACCGCAUCGUGAGGAAGAAGUGCAGCAAUUGGAGGAGCCACCAGCUGAGAUGCUGCAGCGUCGUCAUCAUCAUCACCAUCACCAUCAUCAUCAUCACCAUCAUGAACCACAGCAGCAAUCCAUGGAUAACCGCGAUAGCAAACUAAGCAAUGGAGUUUGAAACUGAGUUUAGAUUUAAUUGACUUAAAAGAGUGCUUAACCCACUAAUGCCCUCAGAUAGAAGGAGAUUUUUAACAAAAAGUUUGGAAAAUUUCAACUGCAUUUACCAAUCUAUUAAAAAAGAUUUUUGAGUUUUGAAAUUUAUUACACAUAUUAGAAAAAAUUUAUUACGAAUUUUCUCAAAGUUUCCAAACCCGGAAGUUCACUUCAAUUCAGGAAAUAUUCCCUAAAGACUCUAUUCAAGGCGGAAUCAGUCAAAAUUAAAAAAUCCAU